AUGUUAGUCAAGUAUCAUAUCGGUAUUCUUAAAAUAAAUCCAUCAAAGAAGACUAUAAUCGAUGAAGCAGAUGCAGAUCCAAAGCAAGACAUUUUUAUUGAUCAAAAGCGUUGGAAUACAGUUACUUUAAAAGCAAAAGUUGCACUCAAUCAUGAUAGUGUACGACUCACGUUUGCAUUGAAACGCUUUCAACAAAAACU